GCGUUACAUUAACACAUCGCCGUAAUGAGCAUGCGUCACGGGGCUGCCUCCGUGCUGAAAUGAGCAGAACCGCGUUGUUCGCGCUGUUCGAUUAAAUAAGUAGAGGCAUUUCUUCGAUUUUGUUUUGCUCGCCGAUCGCUAGCGGCAGGUCGUGCGAUGUAGCAGGGGUGCGCGUCUAUCGUUGGAUGGAGUGUGUGGCCGUCGGGUGGAGAACGAAGUAUGAGCCGGAGCUGCCGAGCUCGUGUCCAUGAACGAUGGAAGAUCCCGACCGUGCGGACCCAGUAGGCUUAGAAAGUUACAGCGAUCACACGGCAGGAUGCAACCACGGGGGUUCCGGGCCAGCUGACGGCCUAGCCGCCGGCGAAGAUGCGGACCACGACUUCUGGAAGGUCUCGGACGAACUUCUCGCGGCGCAUCUCAAGAAGACGCUCAGCCUGAGCCGCCGCGAUGCGGCUCCCAACGGGUGCUCUGUCGUGGGUGUCGGUGUCGGGCCCUCGGACAAGCUCAACGGUGUCGUGCACUGGCACACCAACGACGACGAGAAAUCAACCCUUCAACGACCUCCUAGCCCGUCCAGUGAUGUUCGGUUGGCCGACGGUGUGCGCGCUCCUCCGAGCCCGCCGUGUGCCGACAGCGACGGAAUCUCGUACGUCGCGUACGAGUCCGAGAGACAGAUGCCGGACAUUAUGCGCCUGUUUCAGAAGGACCUCUCCGAACCUUACUCCAUAUACACGUACCGGUACUUCAUACACAAUUGGCCACGAUUGUGCUUUCUGGCGAUGGACGGGGAGACGUGUGUUGGUGCCAUUGUUUGCAAGUUGGACGUUCACAAGAAGUUGGUCAAGCGGGGCUACAUUGCAAUGCUGGCCGUAGACUCCAAGUACCGCAAGAGGAAGAUAGGUUCUACACUGGUGCUAAAGGCGAUACGGGCCAUGAUAAAUGACGACGCUGAUGAAGUGGUGCUCGAGACCGAGAUAACCAACAAGCCGGCACUUCGGUUGUACGAGAACCUGGGCUUCGUUCGUGACAAGAGGCUCUUCCGAUACUACCUGAACGGGGUUGAUGCCCUGAGGCUCAAGCUCUGGCUGCUAUGAUGUGCAAGUGGCGUGGCGACAGCGAACGACGGUGGCGAAACAAGAAAAAAAAAAUCGGCGAAGGGUGAAGACUGCUUCGGAAGGCACCUCGUGCAGAACUGACCGCUUGUUCAUCGCCUGUUUAGUGCAGUUUAGGACGGCCAUUCUCUUCCUUCGUGUUGCUUUUUUGUUUCCUUUUUCUGCUCCUAGCGUCACGCUCGCGAAUGAGUCGGCCACCGAAUGCUUUCGUUUUGCGGGGUUUCUCCACUUUCCAUGAAAUCGAAAAGGCCUACCAGUUGCAGAAUCGUGUGUCAAGUAAUUUUUUGUUUUUUUUCCUAAAAGGUAGAGCAUUCUCGUUUGCAUGAGGUUUAACAAGAAUCCAGCAAAGACAAAAAGAAGCUUAUUUUAAUGCAGGAAUUGGGAUCACAAAGACGGGAAGUAUUGAGUAUUGAGAAGCAGCUUGGAUGUCUAAGAGAGUUGUUGCUUUCGUACUGGCUGGCGGAUAACUACACUGUUAAGAUGAAAAAGGCUGCCAUCGUGACAAUGAGUUUCUUUUACACUUUCAUAAAUAGUCCUGCCGGUCUUUCCAUUUGCGACUGAGGAUCAGGAAACAGGUUGACGCAUCGAGGCUUCAACAUUUCCGUGCUCUCAGCCAAAAACAUAUGAUUUUGUAUCGUGCACUGUAAGUUGGCUGGAAGGUAUGAUAAAUAAAACAGAAUUGUUCGAGGCCAUUUUGCACUUCCAUCGAGAGGAGAUAAUUGUGAGUGGAUAAUUCUCUGCCGACUUAGUGUAAGUGCAGGUUCGUUGCUGGAAAGGAUGCCGCUGAUAUCUUUUCUUGAAGCUAUUCCAAUUGGUUUAUGUGUUUUGCUAAUGCCGUAGAAAUAUUGGUUGAGCGUCAUUUUUUGUGGAAAUGUUGGAGCUAAGGCACUCUUGGCUGUAAGCAGUGGGGUCUUGUGAUGAAGGCUGCUGAGAAUCAUCAUUCUACAUUGUGCUUGGCUGAGUCAGAGUUUAAUUUUUUUUUUUGCUUGACUGGAAGGUCUGCAUAGGGGAUAGGAAAAUGUAUCGUGUGGUCGAUUAGCACUUCAGUGAAAGAUUGCAAAUAGAUAUUGUUGAAGGCUGUUACAGAAAUCUACAACUUCAAGAUUGUCACCUGUUGCUAAAAGGAGCUUUUCUUUUUGCUUAAAAAAAACCUUACCUUCUUACCUCAGUGCGCAUCCUAUAUGGCAUGUUUUUGCACGUACGUGAUCGUCAUGGUCACUGCCGACUACACUGUGCAGAUUAUUUUUUCUUUUCCUUUUGGUCUUUAUUCAAUGCCUGCUCUGCAGCAGGAUAUCGUGUAAAAAAAAAAAAGCAAGCCGCCGCACUUGCCAAGAAAGCGUUUUCUGGUCCUAACAGUCGCCCCUGAGUGAUCCUUCUUGCUGGUGCGGAAUAGAAGUUAUAAGCCUGUUUCCUGAAGUUUAAUAAAAAUUUAAGUAUGUAAAGAA